GCGCAAGCUGUAUAUAUCAGUCAAAAAAAAUAACCUAACACUAUCUCUAUCCAAUGACGAUAAACAUCAAAACAAAUCUAGUACUCAGCAUUUAACAGUAAACAAAUGGAUCGAAAAUAUUUAUCACAACGAUCGCUUCCUCCGUUAGUUGAAGGUAAAGUUCACGGUUAUCUAGAUUUAACAAUUGAUAAGAUUGUUUGGACUCGUAGGAGUCCUGGAAGUGUCACAGUUGUUGCUUGUUGGUGGGGCGAGCUCGACAAUGCAAAAUUUAACCCCUCAGAAACAGCCAAGGACACCAAAGACAACACCGAGACAUACUCCGUAAAAACAAAUUUCGAGUUAUUCAAAGAAUACUUAAAAAACGCAGAAUCUCUGUCACUGUCAGUGCUUUCAAAAAAAACUCAGCAGUCUAUCGGAACAGCUACUGUUACAAACCUCCUAGAAAUCUUUUCAGGCAAACUAGUAACCUCUGUUUCAAUUUACAGUCCCACUGGGUUAAAGCUCGGAGAAAUAAACAUUUGUUUGCAAUUAUCUCGCCCUCAAAAAAAUAAACCAAGAAAACGAGAAAAAAUGCCGGAGAUUGAAAAAAUUUCUUCAGUCCGUUCUAUUUAUUUCUCUGAAAUAAAUUCCGAUCUUGAGUCUCCAAGACUAACCUCCGAUAACUACCGUUCAAUUUUACGUGAAAAACGCACGAAUUUAGAAAACAAAAAGAAUCCCUUGGAUUUAACUGAUAGAUUAGUAGCUCAGGUUGUAGCUCGCGCGAGGAAAUUACGCGGAGCUCUGUCUAACGAUUCAAGCGACCCACUGGCUCUGAGCGAUUCUACAAUCGACAGUUACCGGUCUGACGAGUCAGCGGAGAAAGAAGCUGCGCUUUACAAAUAUCUAAUGGGCUCUUCUAUGAGCCGCACGAAAGAAAAAAAAGCCUUAGAGACGCUGAGAACUCAAUCACCGACUCCCAGCUUGAUUGACUUUGCCGUCGAGACAAUAAGGUCUUGCAAUGAAAAUCAUCCCCAUCAAAGCACAGAUCUAGACAAUAAUAAUCAAUAUAUAACUUCGAUUCCAAAAGAAGAGUCUUCUGAAUUAACAACAGCCAACAGAUUGAGCGUCCAGCGAAAAGAAGCCAGUCCAAUUGACUAUGUAGACAGUGUAAGGAUAGUCGUUGACUCUCUGAAGCUUACACCAGCGGGUUUUCGCCGAGUUAAGUCUUCCUGUUUAUCAAAGAGUGACUUUCCCGUCUCAGUAACUUACUUUGUCCAGUACGACCCGAGUUUUUUAACGCUCAAGAAGGUUAAUAAGAAAACAACCUACGAAAACAAGCCGGUGAAAAUGUGCUCGAAGCAGCAAGAAGAAGAGAAUGUUUACUUCAACCACGAAGCGGUUUAUAAUUUACCCAAGAGUUACUUACGCAUGGAGGCCCCUUUAAGGUUCAAGGUCUUCAAUCGGCACCUCAAUCAACGAACUCCCGCUGAAUUGGGAAUUUGCUCGAUGUAUAUCAGCGACGCAGCGCGGUCAUCAACACUAGGCACCACCCAACGACUCGCUGUUGUUAAAAAGGGAAUAAAAAUAGGCGAACUGAAGGUCAGUGUCGAGCUCGGCUGUGACAAAACUCACUUUGGCAAGCAGUUUGUCGAGGCUGUUACUUCUACAAAGGAAAACAUUCCUGUGCUUGAGCUGUCGCCUAAUUUUGCGAGCUCUAGAUAUAAAACUGCUACGGGAGAUAGCAAGUCCAGCAGAGCUACUAGUGCUCCGGAGAAAAAAGAAAGUCUUAGCCGGAGUGGUAAUAAUAAUAGUUGUAAUUAUAAUAAUAUUGAUAGAAAUGCUGAAAAAAAAAGGAGUGUUGAGGUUGAAAUUGAUCUUCCGAAAUUUUCAAAUGAAAACACUUUGUUACACGGGUUGAUUUACAUCAGCGACGGCAGAGAUCUUCCGGAUGUUAGUACGUACUUAAUUUGCCGUACUUUUUGGAGGGAAGAUCGCUCGGUUAGUAAAGUAUGCACCGGAAGAAAUCCUUAUUACAAUUUUUAUCAACUGGUACCGCUGAUUCAUAACCUAGAGCUUUUAGAGCGGACUAAAGAUAAUUGUAUUAUCACGGAAGUUUACUCCAAAAAUGCAACAGAUGAUUCUUUGAUUGGAAUUGCUAAAUUGCCGGUUCAUCAAUUGUAUGUUGCUUAUCGCGAUCCGCUUGUUUUGCAGCAUCUUCUGAGGGCUAAGUAUCCUGUUGUAAGUGUCGACGGGUGGGUGGCGGUCACUGAUCCGGUUAGUGGGAGACACUGCGGGGAAAUUUAUGCACUGGUAGCUCUAGGAACUGCUGAACAAAUUGCGCUGCUUGAAAUGACUCGGGGGAUUCGCACUCGUGCUAAUCUUCCUUCUGUUUCUGCUACUGCUGCUGUUGCUACUGGUGCUGGUGCUUCAGAUAAUCGUCAAAGAAAUGAAAGUCCAGCGGUAAAAACUCAAGAAUGUCAAACGGAAAUAACAGUCGACGCAAAACACACUCAAGAAGACCAAAAUAAUCGCGAUGAAGCGGUGAUCCACACGAUUGUCGACAGACUAGCGCAAGCGCUAAGCGCUCCUAAGACUAUCGUCGACCAGGGCGCGCAAACGGAGUUUAAAUUUCAAAAUGAACCUCCGCGAGAUAAGGAGAGACAAAAAAUAAUCCACGUAGAGCCGUUGUGUCUUGAGAAUUUAAAUAACUCUCAGAGUUUUUCCGCGGAAAGUUCGACUGAUAGUCCUCGAGAUAAUUUCAAUAUGUCCCGUGAAAUAUUUCGGAGCGUGGGAGUCGGCGCAGAGUUUGAUGAACCUCCUGAUCAGACUCGCUCGUCAAACACUUGUUGUGAUCAUCCGAGUGAUAGCGAUGACAACGUUGCUGGGACUUCUUUUCACUUGGCGGACAAUCCGUCCAGAGACUACUUGGCGGCUGAUGUAGAGUCUUGUCAUUCUGAUAAAGACAAGGAUGUUUCUAAUGAAAAAGCUUUCAAAGUAAUGGUAGAGAUUGACUGCGCAUUGCACUUGCCAAAAGUCGAAGUAAAUAAUGAGAUUUUGGAGCCGUGUACUUAUGUAACCUUUCAGAAGUUUCGUACCAACGAUACUAAUAGAAUAGAUGCUUACAUGAUGACGAAUGUGUAUCCGUACAGCUCCAGUCCCAAGUACGAGUGGCGCUGUGAGACUAAAUUGCCGACAGAUUUAUUGAUUAAGGAAGAAAAACGAUUGAUUAUGAAGGUAUGGCGCUUGCUGGCACCGGAUGUUAGUAUGAGUAUUAAUUUGGAGAAGGAUAUACUUGUUGGUAUUUCGGCGAUCGAUUUGUCGGUACUGACCUCUGGGUUUCCGACCAUCUCCGGCUGGUAUCACAUCAUGGACUUUGGGGGUAAAUCUAAUGGGCAAUUGAAAAUAAGUAUCACUCCGCUGGAAGAUGUCGUGGGACUCGGGAAAUCUGCUACUGCGAGACCGGUUCCUGCUUUUAAUUACACCAAUUUGUCGUCACCUUACUCAGAUGAUUUAGUGAAGCAAGAUCACGGGAGUCAAGAGCAGGACAGCGAGGAGGAAGAAGAUCAAAAUUCUGCUGGUGAUAUUGAGCUUAAAAUCAACAGCAAUCUGAGCUUUGGAGGGAUUCCGACAUCUAUUUUGUCGCAAACUUUGAAUGAUAAAAUGGAUCAAAUAAAAGAAAGUCUCCGUUUCCGCUUGAACGAAGUAACCAGCAAAGCAUUUGAAGACCUGGCCCAACAAUUCGACCCGACUGAGCAGGAUUUUGAGUUUGAAGACAACGAAAAUGAUAAAGAAAACGACUUGGAUAACAUUAACGUACCCUGGCUAUCACAGCUACCAGCUGUGAGCAACUCAGUAGAUCAUCCUCGCGAUAUAUCCGAACGAACUGUAAACGGAAACGGAAACGGAACAGAAGCGCGUCCAAGUGGUACCACCAGCACAGCGGAUACCGGUUACUCCUCAGUAUCAAACACUCGUUCUGCAGCUAGUCUCACAAACGGCCACUACAAUCCCACUAAAAACCGUCUUCUUCAAUCCAGCACCACCACCAACAUCAACGGAUCAAGUAACGGCAUUAAUGGCAAAGAUUCACGAGUCAAUACGGAACAUUCGCCUUACAGGGUUGAAAAUCCUAAUAGUGUAAGAAAUAACAAAAACGCCUGCAGUAAUCCUGGCGUAUUUAACCUAGAUCUGAAUAACUCAAGUGUUCCAUUAACAAACAAUCAAUACAGAGAUAGAGAUACGAAUCAGCCGGUUCGUGGCACACGAAUGCACAUUAAUCAUUUGUUAGACAAAUUAUCACCGCAGAGUCCUAUCGUACCACCUGCAAUCGGGAAUUCCCCGAUGAAGCGCAGUAUAAUCGAUCUAUUAUCCAGCUUGCAUCAUAAUAACAACAAUAAUAAUUUAUCAAAUAAUGUUAAGUGUAACCGAGAAGUUAAUUUGCGUACAGUGCCAACUCAGACGGAAAAUUAUACAAGUAAUUCACGAUUAUUUAAUUUAGAUUCUUCAAAGUGGCUGUACCAUGGUCGAGAAAUCGGCAGAGAUGAUGCGGAGAUACCUGCUAAAACUCAGAAGCGCGAAAAAAUAUCUACUUUAAUUCGCGAAGAACUUAUUACUGAUGAUCAAAACAACGACACAGUGGAGUAUGAUUUUUUAUCAGCCCAGCUUAUGACUUCUAAUGUCCGUCACAUGGGAAGUUUAAAUCCUCUGUUCUACCCGCAUUUAAUUCCAGACGUCCCAAUUUCUGACGGACAGUCUGCAGGGGCAAACAACGACCGCCAGGAAAAUAAUUCAGCGAGUCUAAACUCGGGGGAGGCCGACGAAGCCGUGGAGAGACUAGACAAUCGAUAUGUGGAGAGCUUUAACGCCACUAUCAAUAAAAGUCUGAAGAGAUUGAGAGAUCAGGAUAUUAAUUCAUCGCACAAGUCAACAUCGACUAGCGAAAUUGAUCACAUGUCGACGGUCGCUCUUGGAGAUGGUGCUGACGGAGGAUACUUUGGUGCAAUAGAAACUGGCGAAGUGUCUCGCGUGACUCCUUCUGGUGUUUCCGAGAACGUUGAUGGGAAUAUCGACGUGACUGUUAUUCAUAAACCUUGUAAUGAUGAUUUAAUGGCGUGUAAUAGUGUCGGCUCGGCUAUUACAGCUACUGGGGCGAUGGUUAUUACUCCGAGUACGAUUACUAUGACUGUGGCUGCUAUUACUACCACAAGUACUAGUACUAACACAACUCCUCAACUUUUGUACGAUAAUGACAUGCAAACAGUUAGCGAAAUCGAUGAUAAUACCUCUUUAAACUCAUCCGAAACUUCCGUUUCUGUUAUAUCACGACAAGCUCCUGAUGGUGGAAAUCCAAUUGAAGAUCCUGGUAGAUUUGUUUCCAAGCCAAAUGAUCACGAACAUGACGACUCCUCCUCGGAAAGUUAAAAUCCCAUUUUUUAAGUUUUUUCUUUUAUUUUUAAUGUGGGUCAAUCUGGCUUUUUUAUUACUUUAUUUAUUUUAAUGCAUUUAAUCAACUUUCUAUGGUAAUUUUUAGCUUUUUAUCUUGCUCAUGAUCAAGUUAUGAAUUGAUAUAAAAAAAUUAUAUUUAUAACAGCACUUUUUAGUGUUUGUAAAUUUGACCAGUGACUGAUUCAUGUAUACGUAAUUAGAUAAUAUUUUUAAAAACGUUAAAUGUUAAAUUUAUAUAUUUAAAUAGUGUUGUCAAGUGCAGUUUGCUAACAUAUUAGCUGUAUUAAAAGUGCGCAUCGAACAAUAUUAAUUAUAAAAAAUAUUUUUUAUAUUAUCUUUCUUGUAAAUAGCGCUCAAUAAUUAUAA